AACGUGCAGGCAGGAGGAAGCUGCGAGGGCGCCGCAGGGAGGGACAGAAGCACAGCAACACGACCGCGGGGCGGGCUGCUGGGGUGGUCGGACACCGGUUAUCUGUCGACCAGAGGCGGCUGGCUCUCUCUCCCGGAGCUCGGUGUCGGAGAGUGAAUGAGGUUGAUGCUGCUCUGCUGCACCUGGAAGGACGAACGCAUGGGAGAGGAGGAAGCUGGAGGAAGUUUGCCCGUCUGUGCGGGAUGCAAACAGAGGAUCUACGAUGAGCAGUACCUCCAGGCCCUCAGUGCUGACUGGCACACUGUCUGCUUCAGGUGUUGUGAGUGCAGCGCCUCGCUGUCCCACUGGUAUUAUGAAAAGGAUGGAAGGCUUUUCUGCAAGAAGGACUAUUGGGCCAAAUUUGGGGAGCUGUGCCAUGGCUGCAAUGACCCGAUCACCACCGGCCUCAUCAUGGUCGCAGGUGAACAGAAAUAUCACCCAGAAUGCUUCACCUGUCUCAACUGCAGGGCAUUCAUCGGUGAUGGAGACACGUACGCUCUGGUGGAGAGAUCCAAACUCUACUGCGGUCACUGUUACUACCAGACCAUCGUCACCCCGGUGUCGCUGCCGGACUCGCCGUGCUCACGGAUCCCACACACGGUCACACUUGUGUCCAUCCCAGCCUCUGCCGAGGGCAACAACGGACGCAGAGGGCGAGGUUUCUCUGUGGCCAUCGACCAGCCGCUCAGCCCGACCAAUGGCUACAGCCCUGAACACGGACCUACUGUCAGAGUCUCCCAGGUGGACGCAGACUGCAUUAGUCCAGAUGUGAAAAACUCAAUUCAUAUUGGAGAUAGGAUCCUUGAAAUCAACGGGACGCCCAUUCACCAUGUCCCUCUGGAUGAGAUCGACCUGCUGAUCCAGGAGACGAGCCGGCUGCUGCAGCUCACCAUCGAACACGACCCUCACAGUCAGGGGCAGGAGGGAGGCUCCUCAGAGGCUGAAGUGGACGGCCCCCUGUCCACCCCUCUGUCAGAGGGCCCCAGCCCCAUCCUGCCCAUCACACAGCCACCCAACCAUGACACAAACAGCCUGAGAUCCCGCAUCAUCACGAGGAGCUGCAGCAUUGAUAAGUCACCAGGCUCCAGCAACGCAGCAACCCCCAUCUCCCAUAGGAAGGACAUCAAUCGAUCAGAGUCGCUCCGCGUUGUGUCCAAUCAGACGCACCGCAUCUUCCGCCCAUCUGACCUCAUCCAUGGAGAGGUGCUGGGGAAGGGCUGCUUUGGACAGGCCAUCAAGGUGACCCACAAGGAGACAGGGGAGGUGAUGGUGAUGAAGGAGUUGAUUCGCUUUGAUGACGAGACACAGAGAACAUUCCUGAAAGAGGUGAAGGUCAUGCGUUGCCUGGAUCACCCCAACGUGCUCAAGUUCAUUGGAGUCCUCUACAAGGACAAGAGACUCAACUUCAUUGCAGAGUACAUAAAGGGAGGCACCUUGAGGGAAAUCAUUAAGAAAAUGGACAGCAACUAUCCCUGGAACCAGCGGGUCAGUUUUGCCAAGGACAUAGCUGCUGGGAUGACAUAUCUGCAUUCCAUGAACAUAAUCCACCGGGACCUAAACUCAUACAACUGUCUAGUCCGAGAGAACAACACAGUGGUGGUGGCAGACUUCGGGCUGGCUCGGCUCAUGGUGGACGACAAGCACGAUGACAAGUUGUCGCAGGGCAAACUGCCCAGCCUGAAGAAGCAUGACCGCAGAAAGAGAUACACCGUGGUGGGAAACCCCUACUGGAUGGCUCCUGAGAUGAUCCACGGGAAGAGCUACGAUGAGAAAGUAGACAUCUUUUCCUUUGGUAUCAUGCUCUGCGAGAUAAUUGGCAGGGUAAACGCAGACCCAGACUACCUCCCCAGGGCGAUGGACUUUGGACUGAAUGUGUCCGGCUUUCUGGAGCACUUCUGUCCCCCUGAUUGUCCCCCCGCCUUUUUCCCCAUGGCUGCUGUCUGCUGUGACCUUGAUGCAGACAAACGGCCUGCUUUCUCCACACUGGAGGAGUGGCUGGAGAACCUGAAGAUGCACUUGGACAUUGGUCUACCGCUGGUGUCUGAAGUGGACCAGCUGCACAAGGCCUUCUGGGAGAACCACAGCAUCCCUCGCCCUGAAAACGGCCUGCACACCCACCCUGAACAGCCGGAGUAAGGCUUAACACAACUGGAGGAGUGGGAAGUUAGAAUAAACCCCACACGGGCAGCGAACGCCUGUCUUGGGCAGAGCAGUGGCCGGAGGAGUCGUGUAAAUACUCCUCCAUGUCUGAAGCUGCGGGCGCAGGCUGGCUCAGGCUUAAUGAGUAGACUCAGGGGGAAAACGUGGAUCUAAAAAAGCCACCUGUGCUAGAAGCACACACACACACACACACACACACACAAACACACACACACACACACACACACACACACACACACACACACACACACACACACACACAUUCAAAGUCAAAUCAAGAGACAUUAACUAUGAUAGCUUGAUUCUGCUGCACCCGAAGCUAAAGUGUCAUAUGCAAUCAGACCUAACUUUCAAAUCACGACUCAUCUCUUGAAUCAUGUAGAUUUAACAUUAGUGGUCGUACAAUUCAAGAAGACUUACUGUACUUACUGUAAUGUGUAUAUUCAUGUGGACAAAGUAGUCCAAAAAUCACGGCAAAAGGCCUCCUCACUUUGGGCCUCUACAGAGUACAUUGUGCAGUAUUUGUUUGCAGGUGUUUCUGCGUGAGUUUGGUUUGAUUUUGAUUUUGGUUUGGAUAUCAAAACUGAACUCGUGAAAAAUGCAAAGGAGAGGGGCCCGUCUGUCGCUUAAGACAUAAAGGUUGAGAUCAACUUGCUGUCCACUUGUACAAGUCAAACAAAACCUUUUAAGCUUUAAAUAGUUCACUGAGGAGUGCAUGAGUGUAAAUAAUGCUGUCCUGGUUCAUCGUGUCCCUCUGACCUCAUUUGGUCAUUAACUACAAGACCUACAUGUGUCUGGGCCCCUCACCCUCAUUUAUUGUGUAGCACAGACCAUAGGCGCCAAUUCCGUGGGUGCUCCAGAGCUUGAGCUCCCACGGUAAAUACUGAGCACCCACGUGUGCCAGACUGCCAGUAGGCUACAUUCAUUUAAAAUUAAACAUUGCAGUUGGCGCUAAGUGGAGCGUCUGUCAUAGUGUGAUUGGUUAUGUCACUGACAGUCCCCUGCUCCAUAUCCUAUCCACCAAUCACAGCAUCUCUCCGAAGAAAUCGCCUCUUUAGUGACCGCCUCUCCAUCCCGUAUACAGUACAUGCAUGUGCAUUAGGUAAUCAGAGUGAGACUAAAAUGGACAGAUUUGUUAUUAAAAAAGCAUAACCUAAUGAUGCAAGUGCAUCUACAUCCACCACCAGGGCAGACAGGUGGCAUUGAUUCUUAAUUUCCCACAAAGCUGAUCCUUAGUUGAAAGAUUAUUAUCGAGUUAAUAGGCGUGUGUGUUCGUGUCGGCCGCUGUCCAUUUCCUAAGGUUCUGAAAUUCAAACAUUUUUUGACUAGUUUUUGUUUUUAAAUGGCGUGCGCCCGUGAGCACCCACGGAGGAAAACAUAAAUCGGUGCCUGUGGCACUGACCUAACAUUAAGAAACACAUCUUUUGCAUAGAUUUGGUACGUUUUCUUCGAAUUUAAAGAGCUGUUAGCGUAUCUCAUUCAUAUUGACGUGGCAUCUUAUCCAUUCAAACACAUGCCAGUGUACAUAGCUGGCGACAUUGUAAAUGUUUUAAAUAUUGUAAAUGUACAGACAUAUUUUAUAUACGUACGCUACAUUGCCAUAUUUUUAUUGGCUGAAAAGUUGAAAUUAAGGAGAGUUCAAGUUUGACAGCAGUCAAUAGGGCACAGCUGAAAGCUUUAUUGUUUUUUGUUUUUUCUACAUUGUCACAACUGUGGCCGAGGUUAGGGGCUUUUAGCAUUUGAGAUAAUCUUAUCACCACAAAAUAUCCCUUACUCUCAGUUCAAACUCAGUAAAUGUUACAUUAUGUCAUUUCCCCUAUCCAAAAAGUGUUUGUAAACAUUUGAUCGGUCAUCUUGGAGUUUUCGUGCGCCCAUACAGGUGUGCUGGAGUAAACUUAAUUGUAAUACUGGAUAUCUAUUCAUGUUAAACUUGUUAAACUAAAUCUGCAUAUUAUGAUCAACUCUAAUUACGUAUGAUUUGAGAAUUUUAGGGGAAUCAAUCUGUUGUUAAUUAUUUACUCUUAUCUCAUGUACUGUACAGUAGUACUGCUUCAUCAUGUCAGCUGUCUGUCCACAUAUUUGUCUCACCUAGUGUGGAUGACCUACUGUUUGUUUACAUGUAAAUGCUAGAUGUAAAUAUCACUGUAUAUAUGCAUCUGUCCUGGCAUCUGUCUGCGUGCAUUGCAUAAAUAUGGGCACUCCUCAGAAAUCAUCUCUUCCACUGUCAGAUAUCUCUCUUGCACCUUCUAACAUUUUCUGUCUCUAAUUUAAAAAUCUUUUUAUUUUAUUUUUAUUUCCUUCUGUUGUUUUCAUGAUCUGCAUGAUGUACUAGGUAGGUCAGCUUCUAAACUGAGCUAUUAUUUUGCCUCUAAAUUAUGUAAUUUUAAAUAAGAAAACAAAACAAAAGACAGAGAAAGUCAAGCAAAAAAUUCAAUGAGAAAAAACGCACCAUCUGUUUUUUGUUUUUUUUAAAUAUAUAUAUAUAUAUAACCACUGAUAUCUUUUUGUAUAGAUUUGAGUACUUUAAUUUGCACUAUAUUACCAAAUGGCUGGUUAAAGCCAUGUUUGUUAAUUUCCUCUCUUGGGCUACUUGUGAUAAGGAAAUAAAAUAUGUCGGUUCAGGUUGAUAUAUGAAUGCAAGCCACUGAUGGAGCCUUUCAACUGUAAAAAUGGGACCUGGGAUAUUCUUCCUCUUGAUAGCAAACAGUUUCUGUGCAUGGUUCAACUUUUAAAUACAGUUUUGGCAGGACCCAAGUAUCCCUCAGUAUCUUAAAGUCAUGUAUCUAUAGAAAGAAUGAACAUUUUGCUUUUUAAGCUUAGGCAGAAGUCUGCAGAAUGUCUUUGCUACCAAGAGGAUGUGAUGCCCCAGCUCUGCCUGCUGCCUACAGACUGUUCCUUUAUGAAUGAUGUUCUGAGUUGUUUCUGACUGCUUGGUUUCGUAUGUGAUGCCCACAGAGACUGCAACCACUGCUGGUCUUUCUGAUAAUAGAGCACUUAAACUGGCCUGUCUCACCUCCUCAUCACCCGCUUUUGGCUCAGGGCCGUACUUUUCUGGAGCUUACUUCACAAUUCAGUUCAUUCAGCAGCUUAAUAGGAAAGCAGCAUUCAACAGUAACAGUGAGACUUGUUAGAGAGCAUGUAACCUUCUGUCAAUGUAUAGGCUGAUAACACAAAAUAUGCUUCUGUAAAACCAGCCCCUCUUGGUUGAUGUGUUUGUCCGCGGGCAUGUACUGUACAUGAGUGGCUUUGCCAUGUUUCCGUCUCCAUUCCGGUCUGAGCCAUGUUGAGCAUGUCAGGUGUGUGUGAGGACGUGUUGAGGAUCAAUGAGAAUGUUGCCGCAGCACUUCUCUGCAAAGGAUCGUUACCUCUGAACAAUGCUGUGCCUUUGUUGUAAGCUAGCCUUGCCAACGACUCGAAAACGUGAACUGAUUUCCUUUUUUAUGUAUCAUAAGUGCAAGCCUGUGGAUUGAAUAUCAUUGCUGAUACUAUGAUGUAUGAGGUUUCAUCUUGUUUUGUAUCAUAUUUAUAUUUUCCAAAUUUCCAUUGUUAGUUUUGAUAUUUUAAUAUUAUAUUUCUUUUCUUUUUUUGGUCUUAUUUAAUUUUUUUAAACAAGCUGUGAAAACAAUUCUGCACUUUAAUCCUGAACGUGAACAUUUAGACUCUGAGGAGGCGACUGUUUUUUUUUUCUCCUUUUGUCACAGCUAAAAAUAAAACUGUUGCUUCUAAAACAAUGA